UAGCCUACCGCCUGUCGACACCAACUUAGCAACAACACAGCAACGGGCACAGGAGCUCUGUCAUCUCAGCUUGAAUGGAAUGCCAUUCAAAUGGCUGAGCCUCAUAAAAUUGUCAUUCUCUUUGUACAUCUGUAGAUUACACCGCGGUGAUGGAUGUCAUUUGGAGAGGAUUCUGCACUUUUGUUCUCACAACACUUGUUUUUGAAGAAGUUAGAGGACUCAUGAUCAGGAAUGAAGAGCUGAGAAAGUGUGUACAGGUAGUAAAUGAAGGUCAAGUCAGCAGCAGGUUAACCCUGCAAGAGUGUAAGGCAGAUUCUGCUCUGCAAGAGUGGCGCUGGAACCCAGAGACACGCUCUCUCAGCAACCCGCAGACCGGAGGGUGUCUAACUGCACCCCAGAUCCAGGAGCAUGAGAGUGUUUGGCUGCAAGCUUGUAGCUCUGAGGAGGAGGAUCGUGAGGGCCAGACCUGGAGCUGCUCUAAAAAGGGUCUCCUGACAUUACACGGCAAAGGUCUGCACCUGAGCGUACGUCACGAUUCCUCCAAGGUCUUCCUUUCUAAAGAUCGUGGAAAAGGCAGCAAGUGGAGGACAAUGGCUAAUCAAACGGUAUGCGAGGAUACUGACAGCACACAUCAUGGCCAGAGUGUGUUGCAAGAGUCUCAGCAGACACUUUCAACUGGACCCCGAAUCCACACUCAAAUUCGCUAUUGGCAUUCUGGGAAUAAUGGCCAGACCUCCCAAAUAAAGUCCACUGAAGCAACACGGACUUCAGAGGUAUUGGCUGAACCUCAAAGUAGCAUAGAGCCCGCGGGACCUUCUGUUAAUGUUUUUACAACAGACUAUGGAACAGGCUGGAAAAUGACAAUGUUGCUUCUAAGCAGUUUUGCCCUGUUACUUGGGCUUGUGAUCCUUACUCUUAACAUUUACCAGAACAGGAGGAAGAAGACCGUCGUGGUGCUGAAAUCCUACACUCCGACAGGAGAGGCCAGUCAGCCAGGGUCUCCGGUGCCUAGUGAGAGAGCCCCUCUAACCCGACACCCUAUGAAACCUGCUCAGUCCCCCUCCAUCCAGCGAGGCGAGAUCCUUGUUGAAUGGAAAGAUGGAACAAUCACCCCACUGUUUGAAACAUAUCUAACCGACUAAACGGCAUUAUAUAUAGAAGAAGUGAGUGAGACAAAUGUAUGUAUCAUGCCUAAGAAAACUGACAGAACUGAAUUAUGGCUUUAUUAACUUAUUACAUUGAAUGCUUGAUUGUGAUUCUGCAAAUAUUUCUUGAUAAUGACUAAUGUCCAAGGAAUCGCUGCCUACUGUAUUUGUUGGGUAACAGUGGAAUAAGUGGGAUAAAGUUAUUUCAAGAAAUUAUCACAACUUUAACAGCAACAUAUUGAUCAGGGGCCAGUUGCAUAAAAGUUAUAAACAGUUUUAAAGAAAAAAAACUAACUUGUUAAACUAGUCUUAGCGGUUUAUGCAACCGGACUCCAACGCAAAGUGUUCCUGGAUGCUCUGCGGUUUCUGUCUUCUCACUUAAAAUCAUUCAAAAUCAAAUCAAUAUUCCAUGUGCUUUUUUCAGUUUUACGAUUUAUUUCGCUAUAAUGACUAUCUGACUGUAUGUUAUCCCUUUCAUAUCCAGCAUCUUUUUUAAAAAAAUCACAGACAUCUGUUGGGUUUACUGUGCUUCUGCAAGCAGAAUGCCAUCCCUCUGUUGAAUUUUGAAAAAUUGAGGUUGGGUUCUGAUCAAAGACAAUAUUCUGUACCUUGCCAAAAAGAUAUAAGGUAACUUCAGGUCAAAAACUGAUCAAACUUGACAAAAAAAUUACUGUAUAAUCAACAACGAUUGCUUAUCUAAUUUGCAUUCUGGCUAUGUGCGUGUAAAACAGGAAUGUUUUUUCUUGGAAAACAAUAAUACGUUCAAAACAUGCCUCUUAAAUGCACUGAUUUGGCAUUGAAGAAGGCCUCAAGUGUUGUGUUUGGCAGUUUUGGCGGUUGUGUAGAUUAUUUUUGAAUUGUAAAGGCCUAACUGAAAUAGUUUCUUAUCCUGAAGACAGUCGUUAUUAAUGUGAUUAGAAACUGAUGUAAAAUAUAUGAAAACCUUUUGUAUAAAAAUAAUAUAAUUAAAUAUCACAUGCAAUAUAGUUACAUUAGAAAUUAAUGUAAAAUAUAUGAAAAUAUUUUGUACAAAAAUAAUAUUAUUAAAUAUCAAAUGUAAAUCACAUGUAAUAUAAUUACAUUUAACAUUUCCAAUAAAGUAUUCUUGACAUUCA